CCCAGAUGGACCUCAUCCACAGCAGUGGGGUGCUGGUGAUCCAGCACCUCCAGAGCAACUACAAGGACUACCAUGACUUCCUUGACUUCAUGUCCUCUGUGGGCGACCCUCGUAACAUCUUUUCUCUCUAUUUUCCUCUGUGGUUUCAGCUUAGCCAAAUUGUCGGCACCAAGAUGAUAUGGGUGGCAGUUAUCGGAGACUGGUUCAACCUAAUUUUCAAAUGGAUUCUGUUUGGUCAAAGGCCAUACUGGUGGGUGCAUGAAACUCUCUUUUACCAGAAUAAUUCACUCCCCCAGCUGGAGCAGUUCCACAUUACCUGUGAAACAGGACCAGGCAGUCCAUCCGGUCAUGCCAUGGGCUCUUCGUGUGUCUGGUAUGUAAUGAUCACAUCAGCACUCAACUUUACCAGACGCCUUUGUGACAGCUCAACUCAGGGGUGCCAGAGGUUUGGGCUUGUGUGGUCCUUUUUGUGGAUGGCAUUUUGGAUCAUUCAGAUUAGUGUUGGCAUCUCCAGGAUCUUCAUCGCCACACACUUCCCUCACCAGGUUAUCCUUGGUGUUCUAGCUGGUAUACUAGUUGCUGAAGCAUUUGAGCAUGUUCCCUCGAUCCACAAAGCCAGUUUAAAAGUCUACCUUCACACUAGCUUAUUUCUGUUCUCCUUUGCCGUCAGCCUUUACUUGCUCCUUAAAAUGAUAGACAUUGACCUACUGUGGUCGAUACCCAAAGCAAAGAAGUGGUGUGCCAAUCCAGACUGGAUCCACCUGGACACUACACCUUUUGCUGGUUUAGUGAGGAAUCUGGGAGCAUUGUUUGGACUUGGCCUGGCCAUUAACUCUCAGAUGUUCAUCCAGAGCUGCAAGGGGAAGAACGGCUACAAGACUAGGUUUAAACUCAUGUGUGUAGCAGCCAGUCUGACCUCUCUGCAGCUGUACGAUUUCAUCAAAAUUCCCACUCACAUAGAGAUCCUGUUCUACACACUCUCAUUCUGUAAGAGUGCUGCAGUCCCCCUUAGUGUGGUGGCACUCAUCCCCUACUGUGUUCACUUGUUGAUAGGAGACAAGGAGAGGAAAUUAGACUGAAUGUUUGUACAUCGUCACUUGUCACAAUGAUGAAUUGCAUUAUAAUGAACAUAGAUUGCCGGACUCAUAUGACAAUUUGUUUAUGGUUGUAAUGUAGAUAUCUUUUGCUAAGCUAUUUACCUUGUUGGAAAAUGUGGAUUAUAGUUUUUGCAAUGUUAAAUUGUAUGUUACAUGUAC